CUCCACUGUAUGUCUGUAAAUCAAGCUUUCCGAACGACUGUUCAUAAAAUGGCAAAUCUUACCAUUAACGUUUGAAACUUUAUUGAAAACCACUUGAGACCGUAUAGUCUUAAUACUGCUUCUGAGUAACAAUUACUAGCCGAUACUUCUAGUCAGGACAUCCACGGGUCACCUAGUGAGGACGUCCACAGGUCAUCUAGUCAGAACAUCUUUAGGUCACGUAGUCAGGACAUCCUCGGACCACUUAGGCAGAAAGUCCCCGGGUCACUUUAUCAGGACGUACACGGGACACCUAGUCAGCAGAACCACAGUCCACCUAGUCAGGACGUUCCCGGAUCACUCAGUCAGGACAUUCACGGGAACGAAGUGAGUUUUAUCUUCGUUUGACUUGUAACUUGUGGGAAACAACUUGAAACUCUCGGCAUGGAGACUUCCGAUUCGGAGGAGGCGAUUGCCGACAGCACUUCGGUACCUAGUCCGGGCGGUUCCUCGGAUAUACCCGAAGAGGAUGUGGACGUUGAGUGUAGCACGAAGACAGCACGACGUCUUUUACGAACUCCAAAGUGUGCCCGCUGCCGAAACCAUGGAGUGGUAUCCUGUUUAAAGGGUCACAAACGAUUCUGUAGAUGGCGCGACUGUCAAUGUCCAAACUGCCUCCUAGUGGUAGAAAGGCAAAGAGUUAUGGCUGCACAAGUGGCACUGCGAAGACAACAAGCCGCCGAAGGGAAAGAUACCAGCGAGAAGCUGAGGAAUGCCGAAGCUUUACUGGAACAGAAAAAAAUGUAUCAGCGCCAUCUACGAAAUUUACAGAAGAGUUCAAUUUCGAGGGAAAUUCUUCAAAACUACAGAUCCCGUUUUUUUCCGUUUACCUCUUCUGGUGACCUUCUCCGUGAUGGGGUGCCUUAUAUAAGUGAACGUAUGCGCAAAAGACGAUGCUUUGCUGACCGAGAACUAGAGGCAGUCAUGUUUGAAAGGGAACGAAGAUCUCAGUUACACCAGCACAUGGGGGUGGUAGGAUGUGCCUCAUGGACAGGGGGGUAUGGGUUUCAACCUUCUGAUUACCUAAAACAUGCCUUUCAUCACCCACACAAGAGUCACCUGCCCGUGCCAACUCUACUUACCACCACCGUCAAUCUGGUAGAUAACAACAGCGAAGCCUAUCAUAAAUGUUCCAGAAGAAGUGUUUUGAAUCAUACUCAUCCCAGUCUUAAUUUCCUAGAGUCAUCAGUACCAUUUCCUUACGAGCCACACACGUUACUCGCUCCUGUACGGAGCUUUUCUGAACCGGAAAUCUAUGGAGUAGUUGGAGUAAGACUUCCUUUCCAGUCUACACAGUUUAAUUCCUCGCCUGCACUCUCUCCGGUUGCUGCUGAACUCUCGAAUGUUGGCAGCGUUAUGAGAGAUAUAACGAGAAUAGCCCUCAGUGGAAUUCAUCGAGAAGGCUCAGCCUUCAAAGAAGUAGGUGGGACCAAACAUGCUUCAGCCGAGGAGAAGCAAGAGAGCUUGCUAAAUAGACAAGAGUUGUCCAGAGAAAAAGAAAACAACUCAAAACAACGAGCAAUUUCAUUUUCUGUAGAGUCAAUUAUUGGUCGAAAGUGA